AUGAGGGGCGUUAGGGCGGAUGGCGGCGGUGGCGGUGGCGGUGGCGGUGGCGGAGGCGGAGGCCCGUCCUCGUCUUCCACCGCAGACAACUCGCGCUUCGACGCGGCGCAGUACUCCUUCGGCAAGGCGCCCAUGCAGGGGGCGGAGCUCGGUGGGCUUUUGGAUGGAGGUGUCGACGGCGAUGGUGGCGGAUUCGGUGGACCUGAUGAUGGUGGCUACCAGUUCUCUUCUACCGGCGAAGAGAUUGAUUGUAUGAGUAACUUGUCGGAAAUUGAUGAUCUUGCAAGCACUUUUGCAAUGUUGAACCGAAGUAUUAGUGGAACAAGGAAUCCUGGUGUUAUUGGUGAUAGACGAUCAAUUUCGAGAGAAAGUUCUUUUACUGCUGAUUGGGCUCAAGAUGCUGACUUCUCCAAUUGGGUAGAUCAGGAUAUACUAGACGGUGAUGAAUCCCUGGACAGCAAACAAUGGUGCUCGCAGCUGCAAUCUUCGCCUCACUUUGGAGAGUCUAAACCACUGUCUCGUACAUCUUCAUAUCCCAAUCAACCACUACAGCACCGCUCAAGUGAACCUAUUCUUUUACACAGAUCUACUUCGUUUACAUCCUAUCCGCCACCAGGUGGAAGUCCUGCAUUGCCUUAUCCUGGUCAACGUCUUACACGGCACUCAAGCAUUCCAUCACCUGGUGCUGGUCACCACAUGGGUUCUCCGAGUUCAUCGCUUUCUGGUUCCCCAUAUCAUAUGCCUGGUCUAUCUCAUGGACUGCCUUAUGGACGAAGCAUGUCUUAUACCACUGGAGAUCUGUCAAUGAACAAUGUCCUACAAAAUGAGUGGUCAAACCAAGCUGGCCCACUUGCUUUUGAUCAUCUUAACCGGCGGCCCAGUUUAUUGCAGCCACAGUUAUCCCUUCCAAGUAGUUCAAUGUCUUCAUUGCUUUUUUCUCAGCAGCACCAGAGAUUACCACCAGGCCAGCCGCCUCUUCAGAAUUACAUAAACAUGCAGCCUCACCUAUUCUAUCACCACCAAUCUCCUGAUGUUCCUUCACCAAGAGACAAGCGAUCAAGGUCAGGAAGAGGAAAGCACAACACACGCUUUUCUCAACAGCCUUCUGAUGCAGGUAGCCAGAAUAGUGAGAGUUCAGGGAUAAAGUUCAGAUCCAAGUACAUGUCAUCUGAAGAGAUUGAAAGUAUCUUAAAAAUGCAGCACUCUGCAAAUCACAGCAACGAUCCUUACAUCGAUGACUACUACCACCAAGCUUGCAAAGCCAAAAGAUCUGUAACUUCUCAGAAGUCCAAUUUCUGCCCUAUGUCAAUAAAGGACUUCCCCUCAAAAUCCCGGUCUGGUGUUGAUCAGCAUUCAUAUCUACAGGUCGACGCUAAUGGAGGAGUUUCAUUCUCUGCCAUACGUAGACCUCGCCCUCUUCUUGAAGCUGAUUUGCCUGGAUCUGGUGAUGGUUUUUAUGAUCAUAAGUCGUCCACAAGGCCACUGGAGAAAGAGCCAAUGCUUGCAGCCAGAAUAACUGUUGAAGAUUCUCUUCGUCUUCUUCUGGAUGUCGAUGAUAUUGAUCGAUUUUUACAGUCUAGCCAGCCACAGGACAGCAGUUUCCGACUGAAGCGAAGGCGACAGGUCCUGCUUGAAGGCUUAGCUACAUCACUUCAGCUUGUUGACCCUUUUGGCCCCAACAAACCUGGCCAUUCGGGUGGAUUAGCCCCUAAGGAUGACCUAAUUUUUCUUCGUAUUGUUUCUCUGCCCAAAGGACGCAAACUUUUGGCACGCUAUCUUCGACUUCUUGUCUCUGGAAGUGAGCUGACCCGGAUAGUUUGCAUGGCUGUUUUCCGACAUCUUAGGAGCUUGUUUGGGGGCUUGCCGUCAGACUCUAGUGCUGCAGAAACAACCAUUGGUCUUGCCAAGACUGUUUCCUCUUGUGUGCACCAUAUGGAACUCAGUGCUCUCAGUGCCUGCCUUGCAGCUGUUGUCUGUUCAUCGCAGCAGCCACCUCUCCGACCACUUGGUAGUGCUGCUGGUGAUGGGGCCUCUCUGGUAAUCAAAUCUGUGCUGGAUAGAGCGACCGAGCUACUGGCUGAUCCUCAUUCCGCAGCUAACUACAGCAGGUCAGCACGUUCACUUUGGCAAGCAUCAUUUGAUGCCUUCUUUGGACUGCUGACAAAGUACUGUGACAGCAAGUAUGAAAGUAUUGUGCAGAGGUUUGCCAUGCAGGGAUCCAGCUCCAUGGGUGGACCUGAAACCACCAAAGCAGUCAGCAGGGAGAUGCCUGUUGAGCUGUUGCGUUCAAGUCUUCCUCAUACUAGUGAACAGCAUCGUCAGACACUGCUAGAUUUUGCUCGGAAAUCUACGCAUGUACCUGGUUUCAGUCCUGAUGCUAGUCGUGGACAUGUCAAUUCUGAAUCAGUUCCAGGUUAA